UGUUCACACGUUCUGUUUGAACACCAAGAUGGUUAUAACGUACACUGCUCUGACAUUGUGUUCACUGUUCGCUGUCGCUGUAGGCGUGGGAUGUCCAAACGGAUUCAUCCCCCAUAAGGCCAGCUGUCACGCCGCUAUCCGCCAGCUGGCCACGUGGGCCGAGGCCAGGGAGUACUGUGCAGCCGUGGGGGCGGGGCUGAGUCACGUGGAGACUGUAGAAGAACAACAUUACCUGGAGGGAUUAGUGAAGUCAGUGAGAGGCAACUACUGGCUAGGAGGCUUCGAUCAGCUGGAGGAAAAUAUUUGGAUAUGGGACACGAACCGAACUAGAAUCGAAACUUUCUUCUGGUACCCCGGCAAACCGAAUGGCGGACCCAGCCACAACUGUCUGUACAUGGAGAGGCAGUACCAUUACAAAUGGUCGGACUACACCUGCGGAUCCCGGAUGUACUUCGUCUGUGAGCGACCCGCUCAAGUGGUGAAGCACACUGUCAAGAACGUCUUCAUAACCGUCACCCAGGGAACAAAUCCUGCAGAGGGAUAAGAUGUUUCAUCUCUUUGACAAAGUUCCCAUAUAACCGUAAAUAAAAUGUGUUGAGUGUGUCGUUAAAUAAAA